GAAGGAAGAUAUAAGAUAACGACCUACUAGUCACUGUUUACACUGUGACGAUUGUAGGGAAUAGUAUUUUGUUCCAUGUAGGUAGGAUGAGUAGGAUACUGUCUGUUCUGUAUGUUUUUUGUUUCUUUUCACAUGAGUUCCCGUACAAAGGUUUGCUGACAAGUCUUCUGUGGCAUCAAGAUCAAGAUCAAGGCAUUCGCCCAUGCAACGUGUGUUGUGAGGUUAGGAAAUCGUGAUAUUAUUGAAAAGGAUUACCGACGCAUAUUGACAGGGAUAUCAGCAGCUUUUCCGUGUCUCAGAGUUUCUUGAUAGCAGGUGACUGCCCAUGCCACCCCCACAAUGGUGAAGCCAGCCGCCCCCACUAUCGGCCCCCUGCACCACCUCAAGGCAGGAGAGGUGGCCACCAUACAGCGUGGCCUCCUGGCCUGGUAUGAUGCCAACAAGCGGGUGCUGCCCUGGCGGUCCAUUGCUGCCACAGAGCCUGACACACAAAAGAGAGUCUAUGCUGUGUGGAUCUCUGAGAUAAUGCUGCAGCAAACACAGGUCAGCACAGUGAUCAGCUAUUUUGAGACGUGGAUGUCCAAGUGGCCCAGAGUAGGGGACCUGGCCCAGGCCUCCCUGGAAGAGGUCAACCAAGUCUGGGCUGGCCUUGGGUACUACUCCAGGGCUCGCAGACUGCACGAGGGAGCCAUCAAGGUGGUGGAGGAGCUCAAGGGAAAGUUUCCGAAUGACAAGGAUGGUCUGGUACGGGAGCUGCCUGGUGUUGGCCGCUACUCAGGGAGUGCCAUCGCCUCCAUUGCUCUGGGGCAGGCUGUGGGAGUGGUGGAUGGCAAUGUAAACAGAGUCUUGGCCCGGCUUAGAGGUAUUGGCAGCGACAUCACCUCCCCAUCAACAGCAGAACACAUGUGGAAUUUGGCUGACCAAAUUGUUGAUCCCAAGAGGCCUGGAGACUUCAAUCAGGCAAUAAUGGAACUCGGAGCAACUGUUUGCACACCAAAGGCCCCAAAGUGCAACGCCUGUCCCCUUCGUGCCGUGUGUGUUGCCCAGCAGAGAUCAGAACACUUGCAAGAGAAGUCUUCAAUCAAAAACCACUUCCAGCACAGCAAAAAAAGCGUGGAAGAGGAAGAGCCUUCCAUUCCAGAUAUUGAAUGCUUGGCUGAUUGUGACUUUUGUCUCCAAAAAGAAGACUGGGAUGAAAGUCUUGGGGUGCAGAACUACCCAUGUAAGGGACAAAAGACUAAGCAGAGGGAGGAGACAACGGCUGUGGUGGUCAUUGAGUGUGAGGACAACAAGAUGCUGCUGGUGCAGCGGCCCAAGGGAGGUUUGCUGGCCAACUUGUGGGAGUUUCCUCACAUACCACUGAUGGAUGAGGACAAAGACCAGUGGGAGGAGAGAGUGACAAGACAGGUUACCGAGCAGUAUGGUAUAAAAGAGCCUUGUGCCUCAUCAAAAACAUUCAUUGCAGAUGUCACACACAUUUUCUCCCACAUAAGACAAACUUACAGAGUGUACAAAGUCUUCCUGGCUGAUGAGAGUGUUGUGGUCUGGCCUGAGAGGUACCAGCAGGGCCAGUGGAUGACUAGAGAGGAGUUCCUUGCAUCAGCUACCUCAACAGCCAUGAAAAAGGUGUUGAAGGCAGUGGAGGGUGCAGCAAACAAAGGCAAGAAUAAGAAGACCAAGAACUCACCUGCAGACCAACCCACAAAGAAGCAGAAGACCAUCUCUCAGUUUUUCUCACCAACAGCCAAGAAGUAGAGGGAUUACCCUCCAUCAGACCUACCUCUUUGAUAUUAAAUCAAUAUAACAAUUUUAAAAAUAUAUUAAAUUAAAAUACUUUUAUAACUUUUUGUAAUAAAAUUGCAUUUUACCUCAAAAUAAUGUGUUUUGCAU